AUGACAGUUGACCAAUAUAAUAAAGAACAAUCAAUUAACAAAGAUAACCUACAUUAUCAAUCAAAUAAAGAUAAUCAACCACCUACAGAUGAUCAAUCAAUCAAAGAUAACCAGCCAAUAGUAGAUGAUCAAUCAAUCAAAGAACCAUUAAUAGAUAAUCAACCAACUACAGAUGAUCAAUCAAUUAAAGAUAAUCAACCAACUACAUAUGAUAAAGAUAGUCAGUCAAUAACAGAUGAUCAAAACAAAGAUAUCCAACGAAUAGUAGAUGAUAAAGAUAAUCAGUCAAUUACAGAUGAUCAAAACAAAGAUAACCUACAAGUUCAAGCAAUCAAAGAUAACCAGCCAAUAGUAGAUGAUCAAUCAGGCAAAGAUAAUCAACGAACCAAAGAUUAUCAUUCAAAUAAAAAAAACCAACCAACCAAAGUUAAACUUCAAAAACAUCGAUAUGACCUAGCCAUUAAGAUCGAUACACUCGAAAGUAUUAAAUCAUCAGGUUGGAAGUUAAUUUAUUCAGACUCUGUUUUGAAUGAAGAGCCAGAUAAUUACAUAUCAAUCAUUGGAUCAUAUCAAUCUGGCAAGUCGUAUAUCUUGAAUAAAUUGGAAUCUAAGGCAAUGGAAGAACAACCAUUAUCGUCCAUAUCGCUGGUUAAAUCGAAUCUGGCAAAGGAUACCUACUUCAUCAAUUCACCUGGUGAAAACGGACCAGUUCCAAGUGGUUGCGAUUUGGUCAAUGCAUGUUUACUCGAAAAGUUUAUAGGCCAUGUCGUUAGUCUAUGGUCCAACAAUCAUAUCGUUGUUUUCAACCGAUUGACAUACCCAGAUAUCGCCUCACUCGACAAAAUGAAGCUUGACAACACUGUAAAGAGAUUGAUUGUUUUGAACUAUCAUCAUCUAUACAAAGAUAGUGAUGAUUUUAAACAACAAUUGCUGUCGGAUCUGUCAAUACUUGGUGCAAAACAAUUGGAUAGUUUGGAUAUACAUAAUUCAUUUGCCAAGAUUGUUGUUCUCACCAGAGAAGAUCAGAGCGAUCCAACUGUGAACAAUGAAGCAUUUUCAAUCAUAAGAGAUUGGGUACAAAAUGGCUUGUCUCCAUACAGUAGAUCGGUUAGAAAGUUGAGUGCCAUCAAUGAUUUUAUGUCGGUGGCACAAGAGACUAUGAAACUCUACUUUGAAAUUCAACGAAACAAAAAAGAAGUAGCAAGACCAUUGAGGAUAGUCCCCGAUUUGUGGAUUUGGAGAGAAACCGUUCUUGAUUAUCUGGAAAAGCAGAUUAAUAUAGCAUACCGAUUGAAAUUGGAGGAGAGCACAAAAGAUGGACUAAUUGUGAAACUUGCCAAUGACGAUGAUGAUAUUGAGGAAGUCGUUUUGGCAAGAGCAUAUUUUGGAUGUGACAUGGACCUAGGUCUCAGAUACGAUGUUUCUCAGGAGAAUAACGAUAUUAAAAUCUCAUUCGAAACAUUAUCACAAAUCUCUUUUGAAUGUUUCCGUAAGAGUACUAUCCUGGCCACCACAAAUAAGAUAUCUCAAUCCCAUUCCAGUAAUUAUCCCAAAUAUAUUUCCUCACUUCAAAAUAGAGAACAUCGAAGAAUCUACGGUGAAUUAACCAUGGCAAUUAGAUUACCAGAAAAAUUCCAUUGUGAUAAAGAUUUACCAACCUCUAAAGCUCCACAACUUGGAUUAAUUCAAAUAGAAAUUAAAAGAACCAAAUAA